CUGACUCCUUAUCUCGGUCUUGGAGCUAGACUCUCACAGACCUGGAUCAAUCGAUGGACCAUCCUUCUCCUACUCGUACUGAUCCGAACCAUCUUUGCCAUCGCCACCAUCGACGACAACCUCCACACUGCCCGGAAACAAGCGUUGAGUGCCUGCACUUCUGUCGAGAAUGUGGGUUCCGCCAUGGCUAGCAUGCCACACUACAUGAGCCAAGGCGUCAACGAACUCAGCGCCCGGGGUAUCGAGAAAGCCAUCAAUGGUUUGAUGCAGAUGCUCAUCCUCACCGUCACUGGCGUGGAGGAAAUAGUACUCUUCAUCAUCAACCUACUGACUUCAACCUACGUCUGUCUCAUCACACUCGCUGUGAGCGGCAGUCUACAUGUCGCGGUCGAAGUGGCAGAGACUGUGGGCGAUGCACUCAAUUCUACUGUCAAGGGGGUGGGAGAUGGCCUUGGCGACGCAGCGGACGGCUUGCAAGAUGCUGUCAAUGGUUUCAUGAAAGAGAUCAACAACUUGGGCAGCUUCUUUACGGGUAAGGACCCGAAGCCGCCCAAGGUCGAUUUCUCCAAUGAGAUCAAAACUCUCGAAAGCCUUCAGCUGCCGGACGACUACGACCAGGGCCUUGAAAAGCUCAACAAAUCCAUUCCGACUUUCGCUGAAGUCCACAAUCUGACCGACUUCGCCAUACGACUGCCAUUUGAGGAAGUGAAGAAGCUCUUGAACGCGAGCUUGCCCAGAUACACGAUGAACAGCUCAAUAUUUCCUGUGCCUGCCAAAGAGCAGCUGACCUUUUGCUCGGACAACGACGGCAUUAACGACUUCUUCGACGGACUGGUGGACAUCGAGCGCAUGGCAAAGAAGAUCUUCUUCGGCGUCAUCAUCGCCCUGGCCAUCGCCGUGAUGGUGCCCAUGGCAUAUCGCGAAAUCCAACGUUGGCGGAAGAUGAAGGAGAGAGCGCAUCUGGUCAAAAACGAUGCAUACGACUCGAUGGAUGCGGUUUAUAUCGUGUCCAGGCCGUAUACUUCUGAUGCCGGUCUUUGGCUGGCCAAGAAGUUCUCUUCAUCUCGCCGUCGCGCUUUGGUGCGCUGGAGCGUUGCGUACGCUACCACCGUGCCUGCCCUUUUCGUACUCUCGCUCGGUAUCGCAGGCCUCCUCGCCUGUCUUUGCCAGUACACCCUCCUCAAAUCGCUUGAGAAGGAGGUUCCGAAGCUCGAAAACCAAAUCAUUGGAUUUACGGACAAAGUCAUUGCCUCACUUCAGAACGCAAGUGAGCAAUGGGCUGUCGGGACGAAUAAUAUCAUCAACGAGACGAACACGAAAAUCAACGACGAUGUGUUCGGUUGGGUCAACACAACGACCGGUGCAGUUAACAAUACUCUGAACGUCUUCGUCGAUGAGAUGAUGACAGUUCUCAACAAGACGUUCGGUGGCACCGUGUUGUACAGUCCCAUCUUGGAAGUGCUCAACUGCUUGGUACUCUUGAAGAUUCAAGGCAUCGAGAAAGGCUUGACGUGGGUCAGUGACAAUGCUCACAUCGACAUGCCCCUGCUUCCAAACGAUACAUUCUCUCUCGGCACGCUGAAUAAAGUCUCGGGCUCAUCGACUAACAUCCUGGCCACUGGACCUGAUGGUGCCGCGGCUGAUGCCGUGAGCGACGCAGUCGAUCAUGUUAUCCGUAUUCUCGCUUCAUCGAUACGACAAGAAGCCAUCAUAUCUGCUUGCGUUGUCCUCAUAUGGGUCGUCAUUGCACUCAUCGGGCUUAGCAGGGCGCUGUUGCUGCUCUGG